ACUAACAUGAGCAAAGACAUCGGGACUGCUGAAGGCGGUGGCACUGCUGAAAACGUUGGCACUCCUGAAAAGGAAGGAACUGCUGAACAUGCUGGAACUGCUGAACAUGCUGGGACUGCCGAAGCAUCGAAAGAACCGACCACAACAACUGCAGCGCAGGGUCUCCCUCCAACAGCAUGUUGUUGUUGUCCCGCUAGGUGCUGUUUGAUGUUUUUUUGCUUCAUACUCGCUAUCUGGAAUAUCGCUGUCAUUUUACAUGCAAUUAUUAUCAUUGGCGAUGACUUUAGCUGGAAGCUAGCCUCAUCAAUUGUAUGGGCUGUUGCUGGAAUUCUGGGUGUGCUCGGAACUCUUUGUAAGAGACCUUGUCCUCUAAGAAGUAUGGCAACUAUUUUCUUCCUAGCUGCUGUUGUCGAAAUUGCCUUUAGUGUUUUCCUGAUAUUCGUGACAAUCAAGGGAGGACAAGACGUCUUUUUUCCUAUACUCAAGACUGUGAUCAGUUGUAUAAUUAAUGUUAUCAUUACGCUCUACAUCUGUAACAUUGCUUGCAAACUCGCAAAAUAUUACGCUGCCUCAGGACAAAGGAAUUAAAGAGGAGGAUUUCAUAACGACGAAUGAUAUACGAAUGCUUGAUUCGACUGAUAUUAGAUAAACUAAAUGUGCACCUAUUUCCUACAUCAAUACAAAUA